AUGGGGCAGUGCAAUGGGGCCUGCUGGAGAGCCCAAACCGCGGGGCGCUCUUCCCGCGGCUUACCGGAGCCUGCUGUGCAGUUGCGGGACUCCUGGCCCCCAGGGAAGUCGGAGCUGUCUCGCAGCCGAGACAACCCCGAGACGCCGAUAAUGGCGUUGCAUGUUGUGAGGGUCUUCACCCCGUCUGUCAUUCUGGAGCUGUACGAAAAGGGAAGUUCCUUACUGUGCAUCAAGGCCAGAUUUCAUCUCAGCGGUAAAUUCUUUUUCGGCAAACACUUUGAGCGGAUCGACAUCAUCGUAGACGUGGACUUAAAAGCGGAAGUCAGGUUUGAGGACUAUUUUGCGGCCGGCGUCCACAUCAGAAUGCAAGUGUGCAAGAGUGAAUUCAUAAUCGCAAGGAUCACCUGCCCUUCGCACUUGUUGGUGAAAAAAGUGAGGCCCGUUGUAACGACCAUCCUUGCAGCAUCAUUCCAGAAGACGCUGUGCAGAGUGGUGGAAAUGGUCAUCAACGUGGCGAGGGUCGAUUUUCUAUACACUGCCAACGUGUUUUUCUCAGUGGGCACAGUGGCUACCAUGCAAUAUCAGCUCGCCUGCCUGCCAUUGAUAACUUCAAGCCAUGUCACGCUGGAAUUCGACGUAAGGAGCAUGUGGGACUGCAAAGCCCUCCACCCAGGGUCUCUCUCCUCCUGCAGGGAAGCUGAUCUCCACACAAAACAUACACAGAGCAGAUCUGCCUUCCACUCAGAAUUCACCUAG